AUGGUUACUCUCAUUCAAAGACAAAUCAAUGACCUUCUGAAUGCUGUGGGCCUAGAUCCCGCAAUCUUGAAGUUGUCCGCGUUUGGGUGGAGUGUUUAUGACGGAAAACAGCCCCAAGACACAUUGAGUACUUACAAUACGGCAAGGGCCAUUCAUGAGCACCCAAAUUUGUUACCAUUCAUUGGGUACGUUUUCUUCUAUGCCUCACUUUUGACUGGGCCAGCCUUUGAUUACAUGGAUUACGAUCGUUUUAUUCAUGCCACUCUAUUUGAUGACGUCCCCGAAGACAAAAGACCGGGCAAAACAAGAAAAAGGAAAAUUCCAAGGAGUGGGCGUCAAGCAUUCAAAAAAUUAUUGCAGGGUUUGUUUUGGGCGGUUCUUUUGUUCCAGGUGCCGAAAGUGGUCAGUACCGAGUUUGUGUUUUCGAAGCCAUUUGUAAAUGAGCACAACUUCCUUUACAGAAUUUUUUACAUGUGGCUUUUGGGGUUCUCAUACAGGUUAAAGUAUUAUGCAAUUUGGUUGAUGGCAGAAGGUGCGUGCAUUUUGUGUGGUAUUGGGUACAAUGGGUACGAUGUGGAAACGAAGCAAUUCAAGUGGGACAGAGUUCAAAACGUUGAUCCUGUCGCUUUUGAGUUGGGUCAAAACGUCCAUGCGUGUUUGGAAGCGUGGAAUCAGAAUACGAAUAAGUGGCUAAAGCAUUAUGUGUAUUUGAGGGUAGCUAAAAAGGGAAAGAAACCGGGGUUUAAGAGCACAGUUUUCACAUUUGCGACGAGUGCUUUUUGGCAUGGUACUAGACCUGGAUAUUAUUUGACGUUCGUUGUUGGUGCUUUCUUGCAAACUGUGGGCAAGUAUUACAGAAGAAACAUUAGACCAAGAUUUUUGGAGAGUGAUGGUGUUACGCCUAAACCUACGAAAAGACUUUAUGACUUUGUAUCUUGGGUUACUACACAACUUGCGUUUGGAUUUGUUGCUCAGCCAUUUGUCAUACUUGACUUCAAAAAGUCAUUAAAGUGCUGGCAGACAGUUUAUUACUGGUUGUUGUUUGUCAUAGCUGCCUCAUUUUUUAUUUAUAGAGGCCCACCAAGGAAAUUCUUCACGAUCAAAAAGCCUGGCGCUAAAGCGGCGUCUGUGGGUUUAAAGGCAAAAUCUGACUCUGUGGACUCCAACUUAACAAAAGAAGAAAACGACUUGGUUAGUACUGCCGUUGAAAGUAGCCUAGAGAAGAACUACCAUAUGCCCACCUUGGGAGUUCCGUCUAUUGAUUAUUUUGAAAAAGUAGACCGAAAUGAAAUUGAUGAAGACUUGCAUGCCUUGAAACUAGCUUGGGACUCGUUUAAAAGCCGCAAGUUUCUCGCUGAUGACGAUUUCGACGGCUUAAAAGAUGCAUAUUCCAACUUUAUCAAAGAGAUAGAGGAGAUAUUUGAUCGCAAGAGGGAAGAAUUCACCAAACAAAAGGACAAGGCGGAGAAAAUCGAUUAA